CUGCUGGUGCUGGCGGGGCCGCUGAUCCUGAUCCAGCUGCUGAUCUUCCUGAUACACCUUGUCAGCUCCAUAUUCUGUGGCCACCUGGGCAAGGUCGAGCUGGCCUCCGUCACGCUGGCCAUCGCUGUUAUAAACGUUACUGCCAUCUCUGUAGGUUAUGGUUUGUCUUCAGCGUGUGACACCCUGAUAUCACAGACCUACGGCAGCAAGAACCUGCUGCGGGUGGGGGUGAUCCUGCAGCGUGCCACCCUCAUCCUCCUGCUCUGCUGCUUCCCCUGCUGCGCCAUCCUCAUCAACAUCGAGCAGCUCCUGCUCCUCAUGCACCAGGACCCCGAGGUCUCCAGGCUAACCCAGCGCUACGUGAUGGCUUUUGUCCCUGCGCUGCCGGCGGUUUUUCUGUAUAACCUGGAGACAAGAUACCUGCAGAACCAGAUGAUCAUGUGGCCGCUGGUGCUGAGCGGGGUCGUCGGCAACAUCGUCAACGUGAUCGCCAACUGUGUCUUCCUCUAUGUCUUCCACUGGGGCAUCACGGGCUCUGCCUGCGCCAACACCGCGGCUCAGUACUCACAAGCCAUUUUCCUGUUCCUGUAUAUUAUAGGCAAGAAACUCCACGUGAAGACCUGGGGAGGCUGGUCCAGCGAGUGCCUGCUGGAGUGGGACAGCUACACCUCCCUGGCUAUCCCCAGCAUGCUCAUGAUGUGCAUCGAGUGGUGGACCUACGAAAUUGGGAGCUUCUUGAUAGGCCUGCUGAGUGUCGUCGAGCUCUCUGCCCAGUCCAUCAUCUACGAGGUGUCUGUUGUUGCUUUCAUGGUGCCCCUGGGGCUCGGCACGGCUGCCAGCGUGCAGGUGGGGAACGCGCUGGGUGCCGGCGACGUCGAGACGGCCAAGAGAUCCUCCUCCACCAGCCUGCUCUGCACAGGGUGUUUUUGCGUCGCGGUGGGGGCUGUUCUAGCUGGCACGAAGGAUGUGAUGGGAUACAUCUUCACCGACGACAAGGAGAUUGUUGACUUGGUGGCCUGGGUCACACCUGUCUACGUUGUCUUCCACUUGUUUGAAGCCAUGUGUGGUGCCUGCAGCGGGGUGCUCAGAGGCAUAGGCAAGCAGAAAUUCGGCGCCAUCCUCAACGCUGUGUGCUACUAUGGUGUGGGCCUGCCCCUGGCAGCCGUGCUGCUCUUCGUGGCCAGGAUCGGCGUCAUAGGCCUGUGGCUCAGCAUGCUCGCCUGUGUCUCCAUCCUCUGUACCUGCUUCAUCACCUACAUCUCCCGCAUGGACUGGAGGAAGGCAGCCGAGGAGGCUCAGCGCCGCGCAGGAGUGACCCAGCCACUGCCAGAGGAGCAGAACCCAGGCCCUGAACCUGGCUGCAAGGCUCUUCCCUCUGGUGUGGGGCCAGCCCCACCACCCCACUCUUUUUUUACGGUGGUGCGGGGCUGCAUAG